UGAGUCGCGCAGCACUGACGUUUGUAUAUGAGACAGGCAUCAUUGUAGGGCGACUCUCAGCCGGGUCACUCUGCCGGUAGACAGGACAAUUUUGUCGGGCGCAUCGCCCGACAAGAUCACCGCAUCUGUAGGCAGUCUGAUCCUAUCUCGUCGCCAUGGCGCAGUUUGGAGGACAGAAGACUCCUCCACCGUGGGCGACCCAGUUUACAGCCACCGCUGUGUCUCAGCAGGGUGUCCAGCAGCCCUCCAUACUUGGGGUUUCCCCCACAAUUUAUACUCAGCAGUCGGCACUUGCAGCAGCUGGCCUAAGCGCCCCAUCUCCGGCAAGCUAUCAACUCUCUCAAACUGCAGCAUUGCAGCAACAGGCAGCAGCCGCUGCCGCCGCAGCCGCUCUUCAGCAGCAAUAUUCUCAGCCCCAGCAAAUUUACAGUGUACAGCAACAGCACUGUCCUGAUGACCGUUCUUUAUUAUUCCAGUUGCAACAGCCACAGCAAACAUUGAUAACUCAGCCAGCUGUUGCCCUACCUACAAGUCUUGCCCUGUCCACUUCACAGCAAGCAGCACAGAUAACGGUUUCGUACCCAACUCCCCGUUCCGGGCAGCAACAGACUCAGCCCCAGAAGCAGCGUGUUUUCACUGGGGUUGUCACAAAGCUCCAUGAAACAUUUGGCUUUGUGGAUGAAGAUGUGUUUUUCCAACUAACAGCUGUUAAGGGAAAGUCACCACUGGUUGGAGAUCGAGUUCUAGUGGAAGCCACUUACAAUCCUAACAUGCCCUUUAAAUGGAAUGCACAGAGGAUUCAGACACUUCCUAAUCAGAACCUAGCUCCAGCACAGCCUUUGCUAAAGACCCCUACACCAGUAAUGCCGCCUGUGGCACAGCAACCUACAUAUGGUGUUCAGUCGCAACCCCCUCCACAAGCACAGACUCUGUUGCAGGCCCAAAUAUCAGCUGUAUCUUUAAAUCCUUUACUUCAGGCACAACCGUCCCCUCUAUUACAGCAGCAGCAGCCAAAAGCUGGCUUGUUACAGACCCCCGUUCGUAUUGUGUCUCAGCCGCAGCCUGUUCGAAGGAUUGAGCCACCAUCAAGAUUCUCUGGUAGAAAUGAUAGAGGAGAUUCUUCCAUAUCCAGCAGAAAAGAUGAUCGGAACAGAGAGAGAGAGCGGGAGAGGCGUAGGUCACGUGACCGAUCCCCUCAGAGAAAACGCUCGAGAGAGCGAUCUCCACGGCGUGAGAGAGAGAGGUCGCCGCGUAGACCCAGACGGGUUGUACCCCGCUACACAGUUCAGUUUUCCAAGUUCUCUUUGGAUUGCCCUGGAUGUGAUAUGAUGGAACUAAGAAGACGUUAUCAGAACCUCUAUAUCCCCAGUGAUUUCUUUGAUGCUCAGUUUACCUGGGUGGAUGCUUUUCCCAUUUCUCGGUCGUUUCAGCUUGGUAGCUACACUAACUUCUAUGUAAUGCACAAAGAAGUCGAUCCACCUGAGAAGAAUACUGCUAUUUUAGAGCCUCCGGAUAUAGAUCACACAUACAGUGCAAAGGUUAUGCUGCUAGCAAGCCCUGCUUUGGAAGAUUUAUAUCACAAGUCGUGUGCCCUUGCUGAGGACCCAGUGGAAGUUAAAGAGGGAUUUCAGCAUCCAGCAAGACUAAUAAAGUUUUUAGUGGGAAUGAAGGGUAAGGAUGAGGCAAUGGCAAUAGGAGGACACUGGUCUCCUUCACUUGAUGGAUCUGAUCCAGAAAAAGACCCUUCUGUGCUUAUCAAGACCGCUGUCCGCUGUUGUAAGGCCCUGACUGGCAUUGACUUGAGCUUGUGUACACAGUGGUACCGUUUUGCAGAGAUUCGCUACCAUCGCCCUGAGGAGACCCACAAGGGGCGUUCGUUUCCUGCUCAUGUGGAGACAGUGGUUUUAUUUUUCCCGGAUGUUUGGCAUUGCCUUCCCACCCGCUCUGAGUGGGAAAACCUGUGCCGUGGAUACAAGCAGCAGCUGGCCGACAAGCUUCAGGGUGAACGCAAGGAAGCUGAUGGAGAACAGGAGGAAGAGGACAAAGACGAUGGCGAUGCCAAAGAAAUCUGUACUCCCACUCACUGGUCAAAACUUGAUCCAAAGAUAAUGAAGGUAAACGAUUUGCGCAAGGAGCUAGAAAGUCGAACUCUUAGUUCCAAGGGGUUAAAAUCUCAGCUUAUUGCUCGAUUGACAAAACAACUCCGCAUAGAAGAACAAAAAGAGGAGCAGAAAGAGCAAGAAAAGGGUGAAAAGGAAGAGGAAGAGGAGGAAGAGCGGAAAUCAGAGGAUGAUAAAGAGGAAGAGGAAAGGAAACGUCAGGAGGAAGCAGAGCGUCAGCGGAGAGAGAAAAGAUACAUAUUGCCCGAUGAGCCAGCAAUUAUUGUUCAUCCAAACUGGUUAGCCAAAAAUGGAAAGUUUGACUGCAGUAUCAUGUCCCUGAGUGUGCUGUUAGAUUACCGAAUAGAAGACAAUAAAGAACACUCAUUUGAGGUGUCGCUUUUUGCUGAGCUAUUCAAUGAAAUGCUUCAGAGAGACUUUGGAGUUCGCAUCUAUAGGGAGCUCUUAGCUCUCCCUGAAAAGGAUGAAAAAAAAGAGAAAAAGAUCAAGAAGGAAGAGAAAAAAGAAAAGAAAGAUGAGGAAGAUGAUGAACCAAAACCCAAACGAAGAAAAUCCUCAGAUGACAAAGUUAGGUUUGAGGAAAGAGAUGAAAAAAAGAGGGAGGACAAAAAAAGAGAUGAUUACAGAGAUGAAGAAGAAAUGGAUGAUGAUAACCCAGAGGAUUAUGAGCCUAUUGGAGCAGAAGAAGAUGAUGGUGACUAUGAAGACCGAGAAGAUGAUGAUGAUGAUUUAAGCACCAAGGAUAAACGUGAAGACAAAAGAGAUAUCAAAUACAGCAAAGAGUGGCUAACCAAAGAUAAGGAUAAAGAAAAAAAGCAGAUGGUUACCGUAAAUAAGGAUCUACUGAUGGCAUUUGUAUAUUUUGAUCAAAGCCAUUGUGGUUACUUAUUGGAGAAGGAUUUAGAAGAAAUUGUCUACACCCUUGGUCUACAUCUUUCAAGAGCUCAGGUGAAGAAACUGUUUACUAAAUUUCUGCUAAAGGAGUCUUGUUUCUAUCGUAAGAUGACUGACACUUGUACAGAGGAUGGUAGUCAUGAAGAGUCAGAGUCUUUCAAUGAAGACAUUCUAGGAAACUGCUCGCUUUUGCCACCUAAAGCUACGAGGUCUGGAGUGUCCUCCUUGGAAGAAAAAGGUGGUCUUAUCGUCUAUAAAGGUGCAAUGGUCGAUAUUGAAAGUCUUCUUCAGAAACUAGAGAAAACUGAAAAGGCGAGGUCAGAGUUAGAACAGAAACUGCAGGCCCUUCAGUCCAAAACAGAGGAAGACGAAAAGGCAAUUUCCCAGUUAGAAAACUCUCAUAAAAGUUUGUCUGGAGAGCUGAAAACAGCGAAAGGUGAUCUCUGCCAUCUGCGGGAAAACUUAAAAACCUUGGAAGAUACAAACUGCCAGUAUGAGGACCAGCUGCAUAAAACCAUCAAAGAACUGUCUACAACCAUGGAGGGUAUCCAAGGUGUCCUGAAUAGAAACCCAUCGACAUCUGAAGAUCGCGAGUCAAAAGAGAAUGGAUCCAGCUUUUGAUGCAGUUUCUACUUUGUUCUGGAAAGAGAAGAAGAAUGUUAAAUAAUGUAAUGCAAAUCAUGCUGUUGGAGUACACACAAGCGGUUUGUAGUUUUAAUUGAUAUUUAAUGGAGAAAUCUGUAUAUACUGUAGUUUUAUGAAUGAGUGCAUUGGCCUCAUAGUGAUUGCCUGUGAUAGACAGAGCAAAGCAGAGUACACAUUUUUGAAUAAAUGAAAUGUUGACAAUUUAAGAUAAAAUAGAUUGUGUAAUAACUUCAUCCUCCUAUAUAUUUUUCUUUUGGUAUUUCUUUCCUUUUUUUUAAUGUAUAUUAAGAAAAAUAAAUCUAAGAUUGGGAAAAGUUCCCAUAUUUAGCCUGGCUUUUAGUAUGCAUUAUUUCUAUCUGUUGUCAGUGAGUAUUCUGUACAGAACCUAGGGCCUAAUUCAGACCUGAUCGCAGCAGCAAAUUUGCUAGCUAAUGGGCAAAACCAUGUGCACUGCAGGUGGGGCAGAUAUAACGUGCAGAGAGAGAGUUAGAUUUGGGCAGGGUGUGUUCAAACUGAAAUCUAAAUUCCAGUGUAAAAAUAAAGCAGCCAGUAUUUACCCUGCACAGAAACAAUAUAACCCACCCAAAUCUAACUCUCUCUGCACAUGUUAUAUCUGCCACACCUGCAGUGCACAUUGGGGGUAAUUCCAAGUUGAUCGCAGCAGGAUUUUUGAUAGCAAUUGGGCAAAACCAUGUGCACUGCAGGGGAGGCAGAUAUAACAUGUGCAGAGAGAGUUAGAUUUGGGUGGGUUAUUUUAUUUCUGUGCAGGGUAAAUACUGGUUGCUUUAUUUUUACACUGCAAAUUAGAUUGCAGAUUGAACACACCCCACCCAAAUCUAACUCUCUCUGCACAUGUUAUAUCUUCCUCCCCUACAGUGCACAUGGUUUUGCCCAAUUGCUAACAAAAAUCCUGCUGCGAUCAACUUGGAAUUACCCCCAUUGUUUUGCCCAACUGCUAACAAAUUUGCUGCUGCGAUCAGGUCUGAAUUAGGCCCCUAGAGUGAUUGUACCAAGCAAUAACAUUAUAGCCAAAUGAUACAUUCAAAUUACUGAUGUUAGAAAGUUACGGUGUCUAUCCUUCCAGAUUUUUUUUUUUUUUGUACAAACAAAAAUAAGUAUUUAAUAUUUAUUGUUUAAAUAAAAAGCCAGUAUAAAAUAAUAAAGCUGCAGAUAGAGAACGUCGUUGUAUGCAUUUCUGGUUUCCAUUAAGUCCUAUUCCCCUGCACUAUUGAAGCUCUUUCUUUUUGGAAUUACAAGAUGACUGUAUGACUGGUUGGAGAUCCCACAAUAUAUUUAAUAUUUUCAUUGUAAUAAACAACUACAAAGAUUUUGCUCUGCA